AUGGACUUGUACGGGAAGAUGGCUGCCACUCAGGAUGUGAAAGGGAAGGGCGAGGGAGGGGACCAAAACUUUGACUACAUGUUCAAGCUGCUGAUCAUCGGCAACAGCAGCGUGGGCAAGACGUCUUUCCUGUUCCGCUACGCCGACGACGCCUUCACUUCGGCCUUCGUCAGCACAGUGGGCAUCGACUUCAAAGUGAAGACUGUGUACAAGAACGACAAGAGGAUCAAACUGCAGAUCUGGGACACAGCAGGCCAGGAGCGCUACAGGACCAUCACCACUGCGUACUACCGCGGGGCCAUGGGCUUCAUCCUAAUGUACGACAUCACCAAUGAGGAGUCCUUCGGCGCUGUGCAGGACUGGUCAACCCAGAUAAAAACCUACUCGUGGGAUAAUGCACAGGUGGUGCUUGCUGGAAAUAAGUGCGAUAUGGAAGAGGAGAGAGUGGUCUCAGUGGAUAGCGGCAGACUGCUGGCAGAACAGUUGGGCUUUGAGUUCUUCGAGACCAGCGCCAAGGACAACAUCAACGUGAAGCAGACCUUUGAACGUCUCGUUGACCUAAUUUGCGACAAGAUGUCCGAGAGCUUGGACACUGAUCCGGCCGUCACCACGGGAGCUCCCACUGCCAAACUCACGGACAGCGCUCCGCCCCUGCAGCAGCCUGGAUGCAACUGUUAGUGCCUGCUGUCAGGAGGCAAAGGGAGGGCAGCGCAGGUCCCGUAAGGUGGUAGAGCGUGCAGAGUUUUGUUCUCCCUCAGCGUUGUCACUCCCGCUAGUGCUGCUUUCUCUGGACUACAGUUCAAACCCUGUUUAGUCGUAGAAUUACAAAAUCCAGUCGUAUUAGCUCUCAACCUUAUCACCUUAUAUCAAGAGCAAAUAACCAGACAUGGCUACUGCAAAAUGUGUAACAUUACAGGAUAGCUAGAACAUAGAGACACCAUAUUCUCAUUCUUUAGCUAGUUAGUAUGGUUAUGAACCAAGUAUGUUUGAUAAGGCUGGAAACAGUCCAUAGUCACGAUGUACAGUUAAUCCUCAAGACCUUUAACAUCUUUAAGACCUAGAAUAAUUAUAAAAUGAGGGAUAGAGUCAGUGAGUGCUUUAAACUUUCCUUUUUUGUACAGUGUGGGUAUUUUCCUUUUAUAGGAUUAUUUUGUCUCCUAAAGCUGCCAAAUCUAUGAUUUAAUGCACUAUAGGAUGUAGCGGCUUUCUUUUGUGUAAUGAUUGUGUGACUGUUGUGUGACUGUGCAGUGCGCAAGUGUGGGUUUGCAUGGGCAUGAGUGCAAAUGAAUGCGACUUAGUCAUCUGAAAAUCAUCUACCUUGGAUUAAAAAAGUGGCCUUUUAGCAUCUCCAACACGGCCUCUGUAAGUCUCCUCUGUCAUGCUUAUUUUUGGAUUGAAUUCAGUACGUAUAAUGUUGAUGUGAGUACUAUUCCACGUUUUGCUGUCUGUAGAUGUGUGAUUUCGCUGGUAAGUAUAUCUGUAAAUCUUAAAAGCGACUAUUUCUGUGUGCUUAGCCUCUAAGAUGACCCCUUUAUAGUUUGAUGCGAUGAGCAUGCUGCCAAAAAGUCAAUCAUAUGUA